AUGCGUGUUGCAGUUAAUCUGAAUAUGUUCCAUCCGGAACUGCCUCUGCUCCAACGAUAUAAGAUCGCGGCAGCUGCUGGAUUUCGACAAGUGGAAGUCUCUCUGCCUUAUUCAGAGAAAGCCGAAGAUCUGAAAAGUACUGCAGAUUCUCUUGGUCUUACGCACACCCUCAUAAAUGCGCCAACAGGUGACUGGUCGCGAGGAUUCCGCGGUUUGGCUGCGUUAUCGUCAUGUAAAACAGAAUUUCGAGAAAGCGUUGACACAGCGAUACAUUAUGCAAAAACCUUGAAGUGUGACAACGGAGAAAUUUGGCAAGGGCGACAAUCUAUGUGUCUCAUCGAAAGCCGAUCAAUCACUACACCGGCUGCUAUUUUCUUCCUCUAUGAGCAAGCGAAGGACGUCAUCGACGCAGUUAAACUUCCAAAUUUGAAAAUUCAAUAUGAUGUUUUCCACGCCCAACAGAUUUGUGGACAAAUUUCGGCCACCAUAAAGAAGUACAAAGAAUUAAUAGGAUACAUAUCAGACGCAUCAAUGCCGUCCGCUGAUGACCAAAUACACCGUGAGAUCGAUACCAGUAGUGCUGACCGACAAUUGCGCAGUUCCGCCGACCACCAACUGACAAUAGGAAUAUGA